GCUCGCUUCUUCCUCCCAUGUUUCUUCCUUCCCCAGACCAAUACAAAAACAAAUCUUCUAAACAUGGCGCCGCACCCCCUUGCCAUCCUCUCUGAGGAAGAGACCAACAUCGCUCGCGAAGUGGUCGUUGCUGAACACCCGGACACAAUCCUCCAUUUUCACGAGAUUUAUCUAUCGGAACCGGAGAAGGAACAGUUGCAGCAGUUCCUUGCACUUGAACAUGCUGGUCGCCUUAGUCCAACAACACCUCGCCCGCCGCGACUGGCUCUGUGUCAAUACGAUGUGAUUGGCGCUGACCGUGUCCCGGUGUAUCAGGAGGCGUUGGUCGAUGUGGGAGCCCGCAAGUUUGCGCAACAUAGGAUUAUCGGAAAGGAGCAUCAUGCCGCUUUAACUCUUGCCGAAUUUGACGUACUAGUCGAGCGCUGUUUAGCUUCUCCAUUGUUCAAGGAAGCCAUGGCCGAAUUCGAUCUGCCCGAGGGCUUCGAGGUCGUUAUUGAGCCUUGGCCGUAUGGUGGACGGGAUCUCACCGACCCCAACCGUCGCUUCUUCCAGGCCCUGUGCUUCGCCACAGACACCCGCAAGAAUAACGCCGAUGCCAACUUCUACUCCUACCCUCUGCCUAUCAUCCCGGUGAUGGAUGCGCUGACAUCGGAAAUCGUCCGCAUUGACCGGCCCGCGACGGGAGGUAAGGGCGAGGGCUUGCAAGAGAAGACCUGCACACGAGACAUCAUCGGCCACUGCAAGGACUCGGAUUAUGUACCGGAACUGCUUCCGAAUGGAACGCGGAAGGACCUGAAGCCGUUGAAUGUUGUUCAGCCAGAGGGCCCUUCGUUUAAGAUUACCAAUGAGUCGCUCGUUGAGUGGCAGAAGUGGCGGUUCCGUGUUGCCUUCAAUCCUCGUGAGGGUGCGACCAUCCACGAUGUUUGGUACGAUGGCCGCAGUGUCAUGUACCGGUUGGCGAUUAGUGAGAUGACGGUGCCAUAUGCCGACCCCCGCCCCCCAUACCAUCGUAAGCAGGCUUUCGACUUUGGCGAUGGUGGCGGCGGUAACAUGGCCAACAACUUGUCGAUUGGUUGUGACUGCUUGGGUGUCAUCAAGUAUUUCGACGCCGUCAUUACCGGUGCAGACGGCAAGGCCCAGAAGUUGCCGAAUGCGAUCUGCUUACACGAACAAGAUAACGGCAUUGGCUGGAAGCACUCCAACUGGCGGACUGGCCGCGCGGUGGUCACUCGCCACCGUGAGUUAGUUGUGCAGUUCAUCAUCACCCUGGCGAACUACGAGUACAUCUUCGCCUACAAGUUCGACCAAGCGGGCGGCAUCACGGUCGAGUCCCGCGCCACCGGUAUCCUGAACGUCGUCAACAUUGACCCCGGCAAGACCAGCGACUACGGAAACGUGGUCAGCGGAGGUGUUCUGGCCCAGAACCACCAGCACAUUUUCUGUGUUCGCAUGGACCCUGCCGUCGACGGCACGAAUAACUCCGUCGUUAUCGAGGAAUCGCACCCUGUACCGAUGAACGAAGCCACAAACCCCAACGGUAACUUCUACAGGGUUACAAACCAGACGAUCGAGCGAGCCACCUACCUUGAUGCCGCCCCACAGCUGAACAGAGUGGUCAAGAUGGUCAACCCGAACAAGAAGAAUCCGAUUAGUCAGAAACCUGUGGCGUACAAAUUCACUCCGUUGGCUACGCAGACGCUUUUGGCGGAUCCGAACUCCAUCCAGGCUAAGCGCGCCCAGUUCGCUCAACACCAUGUCUGGGUUACCAAGUAUCGCGACACUGAACUGUACGCUGGCGGUCGUUACACGCUCCAGAGCCAGGUGGAGGUGGAAGGUGUUGCUGAUGCCGUUAAGCGCGGCGAUUCCGUCGAGAACACGGAUGUUGUGGUCUGGAGCACGUUCGGUAUUACUCAUAAUCCUCGUGUAGAGGAUUGGCCUGUUAUGCCAGUUGAGAUCUUCCAACUCAUGAUCAGGCCCUCGGACUUCUUCACUGAGAACCCGGCGUUGGAUGUGCCGUCGGGCAAGAAUGCAGCCUCUCGUGUCGUCCAGUCUGAGUGCUGCCGGAACUCGCAUAUCUAGGAUAUCAGACCGGAACUUUUGUCGCAGACGAUGAUUUAUGACGAUUUGUAUAGUAUUUAGGUUAUUAGAGCAGUGAACUUGGCAGUCGUUGUUCAGCCGGACUGCUUCCGUAUAUAGGCCGAUUUUGCGAAUUUCAAGCGGUAGAAUAUUUCACCAAUGAAUUCCCACAUAACCCAUAUCAAUACGCUUAUUCAAAGUAUGUUACCUUUUGACAUAUGGGUUAUCUCUCCACAACGAUCGAAUGCCCCUCUAUGCGGGGAGAUGCAU